AUGGAAAAAGGAAAGCAGGUUCUUUUAGACUUAAAUAGUGAUAUAGCAGAUGACAUAUUACAUGAUUAUGAAAAUGAUGAAUAUCUGGACUUCCAUCAGAAAAGCAAGGAUGAGUUAACAUCCAAUGAAGUCAUUGCAAACAAGGAUGAGUUAACAUCAAUUGAAGACAUUGCAAUGAGGGAAGAUUUAACAUCUACAGAA